AUGCAUAUUUGUCCACAUAUUCAAGAAAAUAAUUUGAAUUCAGUUAAAAAUGUUUACAUUCGUAAUCCAAAAAUGACAGAUAAUUGUGUUAAUUAUUUUUCAAAUGCUACUGAAUUGACUAUUCAAUAUCGUCCUCAAAUAUGUGAUGAUGCAUUAGUAACAAAUGUUGAUCGUAUUAUUCCUUUAGAACAACUUACUAAAUUAGUUCUUCAUGUUCGUAAUUUUUCUUUUGAUGAAUUUAUUAAAUUAUUAUGUUUAACACCUAAUUUACACACAUUGAAAUUCUUUGUCCUAUCUCUCGAUAAAACUUCUUCAAAAUUAAUUCAAAAAAGUCGAACCUUUCAAUAUGUAUCAAAAGCAAAUAAAAUAACAAAUUUAGAACUUCUUAAUUGGUGUACAACAUUAGAAGAAAUUAAAUUAAUUUUUAAGUUAUUUCUUCAAAUAGAAUAUCUUAAAAUUUCAAUAGAUAAAAAAGAAAUUGAACAAAUUAUACGAUUUUUAUUUUCAAAACCUAAUAAUAAAAUAUAUCAUUUAUUUUCCAUAUGUAUUUCACGAUUACCAAAAAGAUGUUUAAAAGAAUUAAAGACAUUAAUCGAAUCAGAAAAUUUACUCGAUGAUUAUUUUAUUAAAUUUGCUCAUCAUGAUUUGUAUUUGUGGUGGUAA